CUCCGCGCUGCGCCUAAGCUCAUAAAAGGGAAAAAAGCGCGUGUAGUUCCCGGGGAGCCGCGAAUCUUCGAACCGGAGCGCGUUGCUCUCCGCAGACGCCGAGAAGCACUGGACGGACUGGCCGGCCCGCGCCGUGACAGUUCCUAGCACGACGUGCUGGUUUCGCGCCUGGCGGAGCAGGUGCCCGCAUCGACCAUGGCACUCGUGUCUGCGGAUUCCCGGAUUGCAGAGCUGCUCACGGAGCUGCAUCAGCUCAUCAAGCAAACCCAGGAGGAACGUUCUCGGAGCGAACACAACUUGGUGAACAUCCAGAAGACGCACGAGCGGAUGCAGACUGAGAAUAAGAUUUCCCCCUAUUACCGGACAAAGCUGCGUGGCCUCUAUACAACCGCCAAGGCCGAUGCCGAGGCGGAGUGCAACAUCCUCCGGAAAGCCCUCGACAAAAUUGCAGAAAUCAAGUCUCUGCUGGAAGAGAGGCGGAUCGCGGCCAAGAUCGCCGGCCUCUACAAUGACUCGGAGCCCCCACGGAAGACCAUGCGCCGGGGGGUGCUGAUGACGCUGCUGCAGCAGUCGGCCAUGACACUGCCCCUAUGGAUCGGAAAGCCUGGUGACAAGCCCCCUCCCCUCUGCGGGGCCAUUCCGGCCUCCGGAGACUACGUGGCCAAACCCGGCGACAAGGUGGCUGCCCGGGUCAAGGCCGUGGACGGGGACGAGCAGUGGAUCCUCGCUGAGGUGGUCAGUUACAGCCACGCCACCAACAAGUAUGAGGUAGACGACAUUGAUGAAGAAGGCAAAGAGAGACACACCCUGAGCCGGCGGCGCAUCAUCCCCUUGCCGCAGUGGAAGGCCAACCCCGAGACGGACCCCGAAGCCUUAUUCCAGAAGGAGCAGCUCGUGCUGGCCCUCUACCCUCAGACCACCUGCUUCUACCGUGCCCUGAUCCACACCCCCCCCCAGCGGCCGCAGGAUGAUUAUUCUGUCCUGUUUGAAGAUACCUCGUACGCAGAUGGCUACUCCCCGCCCCUCAACGUGGCCCAGAGAUACGUCGUGGCUUGUAAGGAGCCCAAGAAAAAGUGAAGGACGCUUGCUGCCCUCAAAGGGGUGCCCAGAGGGGACGUGACUGAAUAAACACUCUCCCAUCCGG